CAACUCUCGCUUCCCAUCUCCGAUUCAAAACGCUCCUUUUCACAUUAAUUGCUUCACUUUUGUUCUUUUUCAAGCUUAGAAUAUGAAGAGAGAGAGAGAAGAAGCUGGAGGAACUGAGUUAGCCCUGGACAUGGCUAAUUGCUUGAUGCUGCUUUCUAAAGUUGGCCAAACUGAAGCACCCACUGGUCGUUUAUUUGCAUGCAAGACAUGUAACAGGAAAUUCACGUCGUUUCAAGCAUUGGGUGGCCACCGAGCGAGUCACAAGAAGCCGAAACUCAUAGGAGAUGAUUUGCUAACCAGUUCGCCUCCGAAGCCCAAAACCCAUGAGUGCUCCAUUUGUGGCCUUGAGUUUCCCGUCGGACAAGCUCUUGGAGGUCACAUGAGGAGGCACAGAGGAGGAAUUGGUAAAAAUAUGGAUGAUGCUCGACCUCUGUUUCCGGUGCCGGUUAUGAAGAAAUCAACGAGUAAAAGAGUUUUGUGCUUGGAUUUGAACUUGACGCCGGUGGAGAAUGACUUGACGUUGCAGCUGGGGAAGAUUGUGCAGACUUCUGUUUUCAAUUGUUAUAUUUAAUUAAUCAUUAGGACUUUGGACAUAGAAUUUUUUAUUUUAUUUUUGUUAGGAAGAAUUUUUGUAUUCCAAUUUAUUAAUUUAUUUCUAUAUUCAAUUAAAAUCCUCCGUAGAUUUAAUUUCUUUGCCCUA